UUCAUAGUCAAAAAUCAUAAAUAAUAUAUAUAUAUAUAUAUAUGUAUUUAUUAGAGAGAAAAAGCAGAGUAGAAAAGAGAUCAACAACCCUUUUUUUCUCACUAUAAAUCUCCAUGCAGAUCUUCAAUCUACUAGUUAAGAUUGAGGAAUGUGAUGAGAAAUGAGGGUUAGGGUUAGGGUUUGGGUGGGUGAGAGAUGGGUUGUGUGUUUGGGAGGGAGGUUUCGUCGUCAGGACCGGCUAGGUCGGAGGCUGUAGUGAGGCAGAGGGAUUUGGCCGUGUCGUCGGGGAGGAGAGAGAAAGUUAGUGUUGCGAAAGGGGAGAGUAGUGGUGAGGUUUUUCAGAAUGGUGUGGAUCAGACAGAGGAGCAUAAUAAGGAUGAGAGUACUAGGCCCAGAGGAGAGAGAAGACGAUCAAGGCCGAAUCCAAGGCUGAGUAACCCACCCAAUUGUGUACAUGGCGAGCAAGUGGCUGCAGGGUGGCCAUCUUGGCUCUCUGAUGUUGCCGGUGAGGCGAUUAAUGGGUGGACACCUCGUCGAGCUGAUACUUUUGAGAAAAUUGACAAGAUUGGGCAGGGUACAUAUAGUAAUGUGUAUAAAGCUAGGGAUACUAUAUCGGGGAAAAUUGUUGCAAUGAAAAAGGUUAGAUUCGACAAUUUGGAGCCCGAGAGUGUAAAAUUUAUGGCGAGAGAGAUUUUAAUUCUGCGACGCUUGGAUCACCCCAAUGUUGUGAAAUUGCAUGGUUUAGUGACGUCGAGGAUGUCUUGUAGUUUGUACCUUGUGUUUGAAUAUAUGGUACAUGAUUUGGCUGGACUUGCUGCAAGCCCAGGAAUCAAAUUUACAGAAUCUCAGGUCAAGUGUUACAUGUAUCAGCUAUUGUUGGGGCUUGAACAUUGUCACAACCGCCAUGUGUUGCAUCGUGAUAUUAAGGGUUCAAAUCUUCUUAUUGAUAAUGGUGGGGUUCUUAAGAUUGCUGAUUUUGGGUUAGCCUCGGUUUUUGACCCUAACCACAAGCAGCCAAUGACUAGUCGGGUGGUUACUCUAUGGUAUCGGCCACCGGAACUUCUUCUUGGGGCCACUGACUAUGGUGUAGGCGUGGACCUAUGGAGUGCAGGUUGCAUUCUUGCUGAACUAUUGGCAGGGAGGCCCAUCAUGCCUGGUCGAACGGAGGUGGAGCAGCUACACAAAAUAUUCAAGCUAUGUGGCUCUCCUUCUGAAGAAUACUGGAAAAAAUCAAAGUUGCCACAUGCAACCAUGUUUAAGCCCCAACAAUCAUACAAAAGAUGCAUAGCAGAGACAUUUAAAGAUUUUCCACCUUCAUCAUUGCCAUUAAUUGAGACACUUUUGGCUAUUGAUCCAGCUGAACGACAAACUGCCUCAGCUGCGUUGAGGAGUGAAUUCUUCACGACCAAACCUUAUGCUUGCGAUCCUUCAAGCCUUCCAAAAUAUCCUCCCAGCAAGGAGAUGGAUGCUAAAGUGCGGGACGAAGAAGCUAGAAGACUGAGAGCUGUUGGUAAAGGUCAUGCUGAUGGGGUGAAGAAAACUCGCGUGCGUGAGCGAGCUGUAAGGGCAGUCCCUGCUCCAGAAGCCAAUGCUGAGCUACAAGCCAAUCUUGAUAGGCGGCGUCUAAUAACACAUGCAAACGCCAAGAGCAAGAGCGAGAAAUUUCCUCCUCCACAUCAAGACGGGACACUGGGUUACCCUUUAGGUUCUUCACAUUACAUCGAUCCAUCCUUUGACCCUCCUGAUAUCCCCUUCAGUUCCAUGAACUUUUCAUAUUCAAAACCACACAUUCAAACUUGGUCUGGCCCGUUGGUGGACCCCACUGGCAUAGGUGCUCCGAGAAGAAAGAAACACGGGGAUUCUCAGAAAGACAAGAAUUCUGGUCGGAUCAGGUGAAGCAAGGCAUGUUGGAGAUGCAAUUCACGGAGUCCACACACGGAACCGAACCAGUACAACUUUAAUGCAAGCGAGGAAACCUGUUAAAUCGCAUUGAGAGGUAAAGAUAUCUUGUUUUGGUCCCUAUUUUUUUGGAUGGCGAAGAAGCUUCUCCGAGUAUUGUAUAUGUUGAUUUUUUUAAUUUGUUUAGUCCCUUUGUGUUGAAAAACUCUGUUUAGAUUAGUUUGCAUUCUAAUAAAUAUGUUUAAGAACCUUUAUUUUGUUUCACUUAUAUCAUAAAUUUUGUUACUUUAAAGGUCGACGAACUUUCUCGAAAUUUUGUUACAUUUGUCACAUACUACAAUGUUUAGCAAUAUGAAUCAUAUAUUGUCAACAUUUCUCCUA